AUGGGCGCCUCGCACGGUGUUGAGCUCAUGGCUGAACAAGAGUCCUCCCAACCGGGGCUUCAGAGCAUCAUUUCGGGCCCGUUGGAUGCCUUGGAUCCACCAAUCAAUUGCAAGGAGGCCUUCGAGGAGACCGUUGCACUUCUCAGGUACCCCAUGGAUCCCAUUACCGAGGGCUUAAAGAAGGAACUUCAGAUCACUGAGUUGGAUGCGAACAGCUUUGUGAUAAAGCUGAUCUUGGAUGGAAAGAAACUGGACGGCUUCGGGUAUGGCAAGGGCGACGGGACGGACCGGGUGCGACACUGGAAGAAGGUCGUGGCGAAACCGGAGAAGUUGUCCAUCUCGGUGACCGACUACGUCCCCGAGGCUCUUCUGGGCGAGUGGCUCAGUGACGCAAAAGAGGAAGCCGUGUCCUUUUGUGACGCCUGGCGGCCAUACAGCUCUGUUCCAAAGAUGGACCUGGAAAAGCAGAAGCUGCUGAGCACAUCCCCCAGCUCGGCUCCUGCAGCUAGCAAUGGCCUUGUGGCACCUGAGGAUCGUAUCAAGUUGGUGUUGAAUGUGGUGGGAACAUGUUUGACAUUUGCAGCUCUGAUCAGUUUUCUGGAUUUGCUGUUGGAUUAUUUUGUAGACACUUGGCUCUGGCCCAUCUUGGGAUGUCUUCUCGUCUCAGGGCACCUGCUUUUGGUGCUGGGCUUGAACCAGCUGGGCCCUGAAUUCAGAGCAGCAAAGCAACUGGCGCUUGCAGCGCUGAUUUGUGAAAGUAUCGCCUACGUGGCCUUGGGAUCGACCUAUUUCUUCCGGUCUUUCAUUGUUCCUUUCUGGUGGUGGCACGCCAAUGUCCUGAUUUUCAUCUGGCCAGCCAUGGUCCUGGUUCAAGCCUCGAUCUUCUUUGUGCUCGGAGCCAAGUCAGAGGCAACCGGUCUGGUUAGGUAUCUUCACUACAUCGCAGCUCUAGGGCUCUUCUUCGUCGCCUGCGUUUGUUUCCUAUGCUCCUGCUUGCUGUUGUUCGCUGGUGGGACGGCCAUCAAGGACUACGUGAUAUCCAUCCUCCCUGGUGAUGGCCUCGCACCCCCUGGAAUCGGAGAAAAAGUUGUCACAGCAUCCACGAAAACCGUCUUCAAAGUUCCCAUCUGUGACAUGAGCAACAGCAGCUGCAGUCUGAAGGACAUGCCGCUGCACCAAUGGACGGCUGUGAAACCAGGUGGAAACACCGGAUGCCUGCUCGGAGACUACGUCUUUCGCGUUUGGCGUGGCAACUCCAGCAAAGUCCUGUUGACUUUUGAUGGUGGAGGCUCCUGUUGGAAUUGGCCCACCUUUGUGGGUGCCAUGUGUUCCCCGGCUGUGGGCUUUAACUGGGCUGGCAUCAUGAAGAUCCAAGACCCAGGAAAUCCUUUCUAUGGCUACACUCUGGUGGAAGUCGUUUAUUGUUCGGGGGAUGCUUUCGCAGGUGCUUCGGAACAUUUCUGGAUUAUGCCUGCACAGUCGGCCAGCGCUUGGAAACCCAUGAAGGGAUAUGCCAACACCUUGUCGGUCAUGGAGUGGACGAAGGCACAGUUUGAAGGGCCUGAACCUGGAUUAACCAGUCCUCUGGAGAGCUUUGUGAUUUCUGGAGAAUCUGCGGGUGCACUGGGGGUUCAACUUUGGCAAGGAGACAUCUUGGAGCGUUUUAAGGGUCGUUACCAAGACAAGAAGACCAUCUUCAUCGCGGACUCCUUCCUGGGUUUGCAGGUGAACGAUGUGGAUGCCUUGCAAAGAGGUAUCAUGGACUACUGGGGCCUUUGUGAAACUGGCAUCAUUCCGUCUCCGCUCCUACAGAGGUGCCGCAACCGGGACAUCAACAUCCGCGACUUGGUUCUGUACAACCUCAAGACGUAUCCCGAGGUGCGUUUGCUAAUGCCUCUGAGCAAGUUUGACCAGGUGCAGAUUAUCUUUGGAGAUCUUGUGAUAGCCUUUCGGGAACCCUCGAGUUUGCUGCGUGACUUCUUGAGUGGCAAAACCGAAAAAGUCAAAGCUCGGCUCUUCAAUAGCUCCACGUUUUACAAAGAGCUCACUGCACACGUGAGCAUGUUUGCAGCUUACCCACAAUUCUCCGUCUUCCUGGUCAAUGCGGACUACCAUGGCUUCACCCUACUGAUCCCCGAGAAGCUGAAUGCCACGACCCCUGCAGGCUUGGAGGAUGAUUGCAGCAAAGCCCAGGUGGGUCAGCGGCUGCUGCAGUGGUUGAACCCGGAAACCAAACAGACGAAUCAAUGCUACAACAAGGAGGGCGAGGAGUUGUGGACGGGAGACUUCUGCAACUCCUCCAUCCCAUGGGAGCAAGGUGUUUUGCUUGGGUUCCUUUCUGCAUCUCAGGAAAUUAACUUCUUGCAGGAUCCGCCGCAGAUCGAAUUUUGUAUCGACGACAAAGACGGGAAUCGCCUGGCGAAUCCGGAGACGCGAGACGGACUGUAUUCGUGGAGUGACAACAUCGUCAACAACAUCCACAGCUUCAAAACUGCCAAGGUCAAAAUGACCCCCGAUAGUACGUCCAUUGCGGAGAAAGGUCUCAAGAGCAUGGUCUCUGAGCCCAUGGAUGAACACGUGAGCUACGAGAACUUCUUUCCGCAGAUGGUGAAAUUCACCAGAGACUUUCUGGCGCAGGUGCCAGGCAUCACCUUGGACGAGACGGAGAGCGAGAUUCGCGGCAGCGUCACCAACGAGCAGGGCGAGGUCACACGGCACUUGUUGAAGUUCAGCGAAGCAACCGGAGAGAUGACGGUCACUGUGAGCCACCAGGACAAGGUGCGUACGGAGCUGCAUCGUAAGGUGCACAGCGGACCACCGCUGGUCUUGGAGGCCUGGGACGUGGAUGCUGAGGGCCAUCGCUUGACCGGCGCGGCGAAAGCCAAGGAGAUUCAAAAGAACAUGAACAUUAUGAUCGACAAGGCCAACAGCUGGUUUGGCUGA